AUGGCAUCAUCCAAAUUCUUCUCCUUCUCAAUACUCUUGCUAUCCACAACAGUGCUUUACGUAACUGAAGCCCAAGAGUCUCUUCCAAAAACCAUGGUUUUGUAUCUCCAAGAAACAGUAAAAGGACCCAACUCAACCGUUUCUCCGAUCAUUGGCCUCACCGGAAAAGAUUGGUCCUUCCACCAAUUCGGAACCAUAUUUGCAGUGGACGACCCUGUCAUGUACAGUGGUAGCAGUAUAGAGAUCCAAGGCGUUAGUCGUCAGUCUGAGAAGUACAGAGAACUCUCUGUAGUCUCUGGAACUGGCAAAUUUCGAUUUGUAAAGGGCUAUGCUGGAUUUCAGACCACAUCCUAUGAUGCCCAAACUUCACAUUCCACCAUCUCUUUGACUUUAACUUUCCAAUGA